AUUGUUCUAAUUAAAAAAAAUAUUGUCUACAUCAAAAUAUGUCGUUUGUUUUCAAUUAUAUGAAACAGAAUGAGAUUUAUCAAUUGUGUGGUGCUAUUGAAUUCUUUUGGUAAUGUAUUCCUUUUUGUAAUGAUUGUUAAACUACUAUAAGAGUCGACAUAACAAAAAUAUACAGUUUGUUAAAUAACAUUUUCAUUAAUGUAUCUUAAUUAUUUUUUCUUCUUCAAAAGUUCUAUUAAAAUAAAAACAAAAGAUAAAAAAUGAGCAGCGUUCAAAACGUUUUAUACUGAUCAUCACCUAGAAGGCUCAGAACCAAGAUUUUGAUAGCUAGAGUUGUAAAAAGAUAUUAGUAUAUAAAUAUAAUAGAAAUCUUAAAUCGACUGAGGUUAAUGUGUUUAAGUAAGUCGAAACAAUGACCUCAACACAAAUAAGAAAAAAAAGGUGAGUGAAUUCGAAUUUGCAAAAGAAUAUUCAGAAAUUGGAUAUGGGUAAGAAUGGAUGAUAUAUGUCCAAAAUGCAUUUAACAUAGCAUUUUUUUUAUGUUUCGAAUAUAUAUCAAAAUAAUUGUUUAUAAUAUGAUACAUACCAUUGUUUUGUUAGUUACUGUAUCGCCUUGUACCUUUCCAUCGUAUAUGACGGGAAGCUGGUCUGACAGCAAGUUUUAUGACGUUCAGUUCAGUGGAGGGACACACAUGUACCUUUCAGAUUACACUAUCAGCCGAGCAGGAACCACUACAAAUCUUACCUGUUAUGUGACAGAGGGCAAUAAAUAUGUUGUCAGAACAACAGAGAGCGUCGAAGGAACUGUAAGUGGUACAUUAGGACAGUAUUAUUACUAUUUAUGUAUGGAAGUCACACAGAUUACUGAUUAUUCUUUUUAUUAUUAUCUUCAGUCUGGCGAGGACACUAACAACGAGAGAACAAUAGCUAUAAUUGCUGAUAUUUCUGAUGAAAAUAUUUCUACGUUUUGUCAGACGACUAUUAGUUUACAGCAGUUUCAUAUAAUGGUAAAAAAUGGCCAUGAACUUGAAGCUUUACAGACUUGUUCAUCACCAAUGCUUGGGGAGUUCCAGUUUGAACUCGCCUCUACAGAUUUCUGUAGUAGUAACACUAAUUCUGGAAAUUGGGCAUAUGAUAGUGGUGAUGAAUCAUUUUCAUCUUUAAAUAUAACUUAUACUGGGUCUACAAGUUGUAGUGUUAAAGUCGGACAUUCCGAAAACAGCAAUGUUGGAUGUUUACUUUGUAUACAGACAAGUAAUACCUAUAUAACAAGCAUUAUUAAUCUUGAUGCUAAUAUCAACAAUGCACUAUACUACAAGUUUACAUGCAUGAUUUCAAAGGCUGAUGGUGAUAAUGUUACUAUUUCUCAGCGUGCACGAGUUUGUCAUAAAGAACAAACAGCAGAUACGAUGCCAGAUACAACACCGUUACAUCCUAUUGGCAACGUCGUCGUAGCGGCUGUGCUGUAUCUCGUUCCUAAAGGCAAUGGUAUUUCAAAAGAAGCCAACUGCUUUCCUAAACCAGAAAGCACCAGUUCUAUUCCUGAAUCGUCCAGCAAUACAGUGGUGAUAGCUGUUGUUUUGGUAGUGGUCCUGUUGUUAGUUGUUGUGGGUAUUGUUGCAUUUAUAUGUUGGUGGAAGAAAGUUAAAGGAAGAGUACACGAGAAAAAUCAAGCACUGCCACGUAAAAGACGAUUUGUAUUUGACAUACGGGCAGCUCUAACAACUGGCAUGGGUAGUUCACGACAACGACAAAAAUCCUUUGUUCAGCAGAAUGGAAGUGACAUAUUGAUUGUCCACACAAGUAUUGAAGACAGAGAGAUGACUGGUGAAACUGAAAUGUAUCAUUCCGAAAUGAGUCCUAUGCGUGCAAGCAGAGGCAGUCACUACGACGAGAAAAACCACGACAGUAAUGGUACUUUACCUUCUUCAAUGGUAGAUAAAAGUUUACCUUUUUUACAACAAGGAAAUGAAAAAGAGGGAAGCGAUAAUUUCGAAAUUACUAGCACAUCUGUUGUUCAGAUAUUUGAAAACACAUCACCAGUACCUGAGCUGAUAGAAAAUGUAAAAAGUUAUAAAGACAACAACGUUGCUUUGCCUACUACAAUGGUAGAGCCAAUUGUACCUUAUUCACAAGGAGACGUCGUAGAGGGAAGAAAUAAUUUACAAAAUACUCGAACAUCUGUAGUGAAGACAUUUGAAAACACAUUACCAGCACCUGGAUUUAAUAGAUUAUCUACACAAGAUCAAAUACAAAAUGUGAAAAGUUCCAUCGACAAUAACGGUACUUUACCUGCUACAAUGGUAGAACAAAUUUUACCCUUUUCACAAGAAGGACACGAUGAAAAGGGGGGCGAAAAUACAAAAAAUACUAGCACAUCUGUAGAAAAGACAUUUGAAAACACAUUACCAGCACCUCAACUUCAAAGACUACCGACAGGAGAUCAAAUGAUAAAUGCGAAAAGUUCCAACGACAAUAAUGAUACUUUGCCUACUACAAUGGUACAACAAAUUUUACCUUUUUCACAACAAGGACACAAUGUAAAGGGAAGCGAAAAUUCCAAAAAUACUAGCGCAUCUGUAGAUAAGAUAUUUGAAAACAUAUUACCAACACCUGCACCUCAAAAAUUACCAACACAAGAACAAAUACAAAACAUGAAAAGUUCCAACGACAAUAGUGAUACUUUUCCAACUACAAUGGUAGAGAAACUUGUACCUUUUUCACAACAAGGAAAUGACGAAGAAGGAAGUGACAAUUCCGAAAAUACUACCACAUCUGUAGUUCAGACAUUUGAAAAAAACACAUUAUCAUCACCUGAACUUCAAAGAGUACCAACACAAGAUCAAAUACAUAACACGGAACGUGCCAACGACAAUAAUGAUACUUUGCCUACUACAAUGGUAGAGCAACCUAUACCCUUUUUAAAACAAGGAAAUAAAGAGGGAAGCGACAAUUCCCAAAAUAUUGUAGAAGUAUCAGCAAGAGUUCUGACAUUUGAAAACACAUUACAUGCAUCUACACAAGAUCAAAUAAAAAAUGUGAAAAGUUCUAAUAUUUCUGAUACUGCCCCAAAACUUCAUUUCCGUAACUCUAUUGAUGCACAAAACAAUCAAUCCAAAAAUAUAAAUGAAGAAGUUGUGAUGAAAGAUUAUACAGAGUUAAUGACGAAUGAACAACGAAGUGUAAACAGUGGUUUGUUUCAAGAUCCAUUGGUAACUGAAAAGUUAAAACCUCGAGAUUCGAAUAAUGGCAAUGACAGAUUAAGGGAAAUUGAAAACAGAAAUACGCAGUUUGAUCAUAGGUUAAGUAAUAGUACAGAAAAAGAGGACAUAGAAGUAUACGAGAAAGAAAACUCUAUCAAUAAAAAACAACCUAAAUACAUUGAUUCUAGGACUAUAGAUAUGAAUAGGGAGUAUUCUGAUACAAACGAUUGCAACGCGAUUGCAUCGUCAAAUCAGCCAAUGGUAAGAGAUAUAAAUAGCCAUAUGAAUGAUGAUAUAACAAAAAAUCAUCAAAAUGUAAGCAAAAAACUAAUAGAACUCUCACUACAGUCUACAGAAGAAUCCAAUUCUGACCAGAAAGUCAGCGCGUGUGGAAACGAUUUAAAAGAUAGGAGAAACAAUCAAACUGAAUCUAACGUGUGUCUGUCAUGUCGGACAGAAACAAUGAGAAAAACUGGAGAUUACAUAUGGAAUAUCCAAACAAAACCAAGUAUUACUAAAUCAACUAUCUCCUUGGACCCAAAAAUGUUAACGGGAGAACCAAAAAAGUCCCCAGUAGCAAAUCAAUCAUUACAAAAUCAAAAGAAGAAAAAAGUUAAGAAAGAAUUAUUGAAGAAAAAAUCCCCCUACAAUUCAAUAAGUUUCAUUAGAAAUUAAGAAAAAUACCACUAUUAAUUAUUCCAUUAAGGAUUCCGAUAAAACCGAGUCUCACUCCCUUUGGUCGUUUAUUAAAUGUUUUCCUCGUAGAUAUUUUGUUAUGUGAGUUUGUGUAUUCGUCUUUUUCUUAGAAAACAAUGUAGUUUAUUUAUUGUAAUAAAGAUUUUUUU